UGGUGGGGGGUAUGAUUAUGCAUAAAACAAACAACAAGUAGCUGCAGCAAAACAACAUAUAGCGGUAAACGAACCCACACAUGAGCAGCAAACAAGUUUCAACGCCGUGCGGUCUCAAAAAUCGCGCAAUUGGCCGCCAUGGAGUUCAUUAGCCAUUUCUUGCGAGUGACGAGCAGACGCACCGUAUUGGGUCCAAUCCUGCAGAGAAAUCGUAGCGAAAUCAUCCAAAAACAAUCUUUAACCAAUCGACAGGCAUUCAGCAGAUACAGAUCCAGAUCCAGCUGCAGCACCAUGGACACCACAGUACACUCCGCCGGCAUUGAUGAGACCCACCUGGUGCCCAUGAGCGUCAUCCAGCGACCCAUUCCCUCCGUUCUGGACGAGCAGAAGGUGCAAUCCCUGAUGGAAACCAUUAAGUACGAAGCCAGCGAGGAGGAGGUGCCUCCCAUCGACCUGCUGUGGAUCACGGGCAGCGAGGGAGGUGACUACUACUUCAGCUUCGGCGGAUGCCACCGUUUUGAGGCGUACAAGCGGCUCCAGCGGCCGACGAUUAAGGCGAAGUUGGUGAAGUCCACCCUGGGCGAUCUAUAUCACUACAUGGGCUCCAGUGCACCCAAGUACCUGGCCUGAUCUUUGUGCAUUUGUUUGUUGUUGUUCAUUUGUUGUUGAUAAGAAAGUCGUGAUCGCUGGAUAAAGUUCGAAUUUCACGGUCAAAGCAAUAA